AUGUCACAGAUUACAUCAAAAGGUCGGCGUAUACUGGAUAAGAAAAUCCGAACUUUUCCGGUGGGCUUUACCAGCAGAAAAGUGGCCGGGCAUGUAUUAAAUAUAUCACCGUAUUUUCUGCUGGCUUUUUCUUAUGCAGAGAACAAAGGCCAGAGUGCCUUCGAGGAAAUUAAAGGGAGCAAUGUGAUAGAUAUGUCCUGUGUCAUUUGCUUCAAUUUUUCCUGCCAUUUAUUUGUAGUUAUAUUUAUAUCUAGAUCAACCGAAACUAUACCAACGACGAAGCUGCUUCUUAGUAAAUAUAUUUUCUACUGUGUCAACGCAUUGGAACUGACAUUGUUCUUAUCCUAUAAGUCAUACAGUUGA